AUGUGGUAUCUCGUACAGACUCCCGAGAAGCGCUCCGUCGUGAGCCGUGAUUUCGCUGCUAUCCGCGCCUCUUCCGAUGCUCGUAAGGCUGAGGAAGAAGCUCUGCGUCUGCAGAAUCAAGAAGACCAAGCCCAGGAAGCACGGAUGCAGAAAGAGCGCCAGGCUCAAGCGGAUAAGGUGCGUGAGGAGGAUAGGAAGGCUAGAGAGCUCAGAAUUGCCGAGAAAGCAAGGAAGAAGGCGAAAAACAAGAGCUCUAUUCCUGCUCCCACUGUCACUCCUUCAAAGCCCUCCGCCAGUAAGCUUCCUCAGAACGUUCCGGCUAUGUCAAGUGCUCCCUCAGUCGCUUCCCGCCCUGGCGGUGUUAAGUCUCGCGCUGGUGGAAAGCUUGCUCCUCUAUAUAAGCCUUCCCCCGAUCAGCAGAGCGUCCUGGCCUCUCCUCUCGCAGUAAGUCCUCAGGUUCCAGUGGGAUCUAAGCCCUCAGCGCCGUCGGAGAGUGAGUUAGAGAUAUUUGAGAGGCUUUCGAAGAAGUUCGGUGCUCAGUCAUCUUUUUCUGUGCUCCCCAGUACCCUUGCUGCCAACGAUGAGCGUUCGCCUGAAACUCCUGGGCUUUCCGCUCCUGUUGCCCCCGCUGAGGGUUCGCCUGAGUCUCCUAAGCUUUCCGCUUCUACUGCGCUGCGCAAAACAUGCCAGCAAUCUCACCAUGUGCAGAAUAGCUUCAUCAUAUGGUAA